AUGGCGCUUCUCCCCUGCUCGCUCCGUUUGGGUCGAAAUGAGACGUGUAAGGGGCUGUCACGGCUUCGGAGGUCCCAGAUUUGCGCUAAAAUAAGGUUUAUUGACGUGUCCUCUUCACACUUUAGCGAAUCUGCAGCUAAUGUGACGCAAAGAAACAGAACAAGCGCAAACAGUCACAGGUUUUAUGCGCAGAGUUCAGCGAAGCAAACGGUGCGGAUCGGAUGUGCGUCUGGGUUCUGGGGAGACACUGCAACUUCAGUACCUCAGCUGGUCUAUGGGGGGCGCUUGGACUUCCUGGUUUUUGACUAUUUGAGUGAGAUCACCAUGUCGCUGCUGACUGCUGCCAAAACCAAAGUUUCGAACAUGGGAUACGCUCCAGACUUUGUCCAAGUCGCUCUGGCUCCGUUCAUCAACGACAUCCACAAAAAAGGGAUUCGAGUGGUGAGCAAUGCUGGAGGAGUGAAUCCUCUCGCCUGCGCUGAAGCCAUACAGGAAGUGGUGAAGAAAGCAGGUCUCCAGAUGAAGGUCGCCGUGGUGACAGGAGACGACCUCAUGCCCCACAAGACCAGUCUGGCUGAGGUGAAGAUGGCCGACGGCAGCGGCGGUGGAUCCCUCCCUCAGACCCUCCACAGCAUGAACGCCUACCUGGGCGCUGGCCCGAUCCGCCGCUGUCUGGACCUGGGCGCAGACAUAGUGGUGACCGGCCGCUGUGUGGACAGUGCAGUGGCUCUGGGGCCCCUCAUGCACUCAUUUGGAUGGAACACAGAGGAGUAUGACCUCCUCGCAGCUGGAAGUUUGGCGGGUCAUCUGAUUGAGUGUGGAGCUCAGAGCACCGGAGGAAUCUUCACCGACUGGCACAAAGUCCAGGACUGGGACAACAUGGGCUUCCCGGUGGUGGAGUGUUCUGCAGACGGUUCCGUGGUUCUGUCCAAACCCAAAGACACCGGAGGCCUGGUUUCCUUCGGGACCGUGGCCGAACAACUGGUCUAUGAAAUCCAGGACCCGAGGCGAUACCUGCUCCCGGACGUAAUCUGUGACUUCAGUGGAGUCAGAAUAAAGGAGGUGCCAGGCAUCGAGGGAGGAGCGGUCAGAGUCACAGGAGCCAAAGGACAAGCUCCGUCUGCAUAUUACAAGGUGUGUGCGACGUACAUGGACGGGUUCAGAGCCACAGCCGUCUGUCCUGUAGGGGGCCCCAGAGCGCCCGAGAAGGCCCGGAGAACCGCACAGAGCAUCAUCAAACGAACAAAGCGUAUUUUCAAACAGCUGGGUUUGGAGGACUUCAGCGCUGUGAACAUCCAGGUGCUGGGAGCAGAGGACACCUACGGCCUCAACGCCAAAUAUAAGGAGUCCAGAGAGGUGGUUCUGUGGAUGGCUGUUCAGCACAAGCAGAAGAAAGCUCUGGAGUUCUUCGCCAGAGAAGUGGCUCCAGCAGGAACUGGCAUGGCUCCUGGUCUGACUGGAAUUGUCGGUGGUCGUCCUCGAGUAUCUCCGGUGCUGAAGCCGUUUUUCUUUUUACAUCCCAAAUCUGAGCUGAAGGUGGACAUUCACGUGGACUCUGAUUUGGUGGAGUCUCUGUCGGAGGCGGGACCAGAGUCAAAUGACCAGGAAGUGCAGUCCACACCCACAGAAGAAAAACAGGACGCAGACUUGCCGAGUGGACCCCACAGUUACCGUGUGCAGGAGCUGGCCUACACUCGCAGCGGAGACAAAGGAGAUUCUGCGAACAUCGGCGUGAUUGCUCGUCAUCCUCUGUUCUACCCAUACUUGAAGAAACACCUGACCUCUGCUGUUGUGGCGGAGUACUUUAAUCACGUCCUAGAACCAGGACAAACUCAGCCCGUCACACGAUACACUCUUCCUGGUGUCUUCGGUCUGAAUUUUGUGCUAAACAAGAGUUUGGGUGGAGGGGGCGUGGCCUCUCUACGCAGUGACCCACAGGGGAAGGCGUUUGGUCAAAUGCUUCUGGACUUGAAACUCCGUGGCUUACCCGACCUCAAGUCUUUGGUGGACGACGACUAA